UGUUGGUUUAAAAGCUGGUAACAACACAAGAGGAAGAUUGUAUUAACGAUGACAGUAGUGUUCAUGAACAGAUCAUCGUUUAUAGCACUCAUCUUAUUGUAAGUUAUGCGCGGCAUGGGUACAGAGCAGCCACAGCAACUUGAAAAAGACGAACUGAGGGCCAUGCACUGAAAUGCAGAGCUUCUAGGCUGAAGAAGGGAGGAAGUGUGAGUUUGUGUACCUAAAACCUAAACCCUUGCAGCCAUGGGCCCAAGGAGGAAGGCCUCUAAAAUGCAACCUGUAGGGGGCAGUGUAGGCAUGGAGCUGGUCCUGAGAUCCAGCGAGGUCCUAAGAACCAGCGAGCACAAAGACCACAUCAACGAGCUGUCCCAUGAGGUUCUUUGCCAUAUCUUCAGGUACCUUCCCAUGAAGGACAUCAUGUGUAUGGAAUGCCUUUCCAGAAAGCUUCGAGAAGCUGUGACUCUUUACUUGAGAGUGGUCAAAGUAGUUGAUUUAUGUGCUGGUCGUUGGUGGGAGUAUAUGCCUUCAGGUUUUACCGACAACAGCUUUCUGAUGCUUUUGAAGAAGAUGCCAGAUUUGGAGCAGCUAUAUGGCCUUCACCCUCGAUAUCUAGCAAGAAGAAGGGUCCGUGGCUAUGAGGCUUUUAGUAUUCCUGGCGUCUUAGAGGCACUACAAGCAUGUCCCAAUCUACUGGGUGUGGAGACCUCCCAUCUGGAGCUUGUGGAAGCCAUAUGGAAUUACAUGCCCCAAGUUCAUAUACUUGGGAAGUUUCGCAAUCGUAAUGGGGCUUUUCCCAUUCCUGCUGAGAAUAAACUGACCAUCCCUAUAACAGCAAAGAUCCAGACCUUACAUCUAGUUGGUGUGAACGUCCCAGAGAUCCCCUGUGUGUCCAUGCUGCGUCAUCUUUACCUGAAGUGGGUCCGUCUCACAAAGCCACAACCAUUUAAGGACUUUCUGUGUGUGAGCCUAAGAACCUUUGUUAUGCGUAACUGUGCAGGGCCAACCAACUCCCUCAAAUAUGUUCCCCUCGUAACUGGUUUAGCAUCAGCUCGGAACUUGGAGCAGCUGGAGCUAGUGAGAGUUCCCUUCCUUGGAGGGCUGAUUCAGCAUGUAGUGGAGGACAGCUGGAGGUCAGGGGGGUUUCGGAACCUCCACACUAUUGUGUUUGGAGCCUGUAAGAACGCCCUGGAGGUGGACUUGGGUUACCUGGCCAUCACCGCUGCUCGCAGGCUUCAUGAGCUGCGUAUCCAGCCAUCGCUGACCAAAGAUGGUGUUUUUUCCGCUCUCAAAAUGGCCGAACUAGAAUUUCCUCAGUUUGAGACGCUACAUCUGGGAUACGUGGAUGAGUUCCUGCUACAAUGUAAGAUGAGCCAUUCGGAGCUGGUGAAGUACGGCCUGGCCGACGUCAUUGAAAACCCAGGCAUCAUCACUGAUAUUGGCAUAAAAGUGGUGAAUGAGGUGUUCACUAACAUUAAACAUCUGCUUAUCUACAACUGUCCUCACCUGCAUAACCCCCACCACUGGGUCACAGAUCAGUCGAGAUGGAGCCGUCUUGUUGAUCUCACUCUUAUUCGUUGUCAUGCUAUAAAACUGGAGUCCUUUUCCCAGUUCAUCGAGUUACUGCCCAGCCUGGAGUUCAUCUGUUUAGAGCAGAUGUUCAGAGAACCACCAAAGGGUUGUGCCAGAGUGGGCCUGAGUGCAGGAACUGGUAUUGGUGUUUCAUCAGCACUUGUCAGCAACCAGAACUCAAACAAUGACAAUAACAACAAUCAUCAUCAUCACAAUAACGAUGCCCACCUGCCCCCUGCUCCUCCACCUGUUGCCAACAACAACAACAACCACCAAAGGCUCGAGCAGCAGCAGCAACAACAGCAGCAGCAGAAUAAUGUAGAGGUAAAUAGGAUGGAAGAUGAGGAGGAGGAGGAAGACGAGGAUGAAGUGAUGUUGGAAGAGGAGAUCAUGGAGGAUGUGCCUCAGAAAGAGCUAAAAGGAUCUGAAAAGGAGGUGGGAGUGGAAGACGCUGUGUGUCCAGGGCCCAGUUGUCCAGCUGGAACUCCACAACCUCCUGAUGAAGAGCAAGCAGGUCCCAGUGGUUUAGUCCAGCAGUGCAGGCCAGCUGGUGUUAUUGUUCCCCGGCACCCAUUGGUCAUCUCUGACUCGGACAGCGAAGAAGACGACCGGCUUCCUUCAAGGCCAGAUUCCUGUGUGCAGCAGCAAAGUGCCCAUACAGAAGGUAAAGGAAAGACUCCUCUGCGUCGCAACAGCUGUGCUGUGCCUGUGUCCGUGAAUAAGACGAAGGCGCCUGUGUCAAAGAGCACCUGUGAGAAGAGCUGUCAGGUGACCAGUGAACAGAUCAAGGCAGACAUGAAAGCUGCCGCAGAGAACAGCAGGAGGACCAGCUGUAAAGGAGUUGCCACUGAACCCAGGGAGGCCAUGUCAAGGCCAGCAGCGGCCAAUGGGGUGGUACAGGCUGCUAACUUGGGAACAGGAGGAAGGACCGGUAUGAGACCAAUAAUUGGAUGUGGCAGCGGCGCUGGUCCAGCCGUGUCCAGGCCGGUCAGUGCAUGUGGAAGGGUGGUGCCAGCAACCACCCAUAGAACAACCACAACCAGUAACAGAGCUACAGGACCUGCUUGGGCUGAUGAUGACGUGGAGGCGGGUAGCAGUUGUACGAGAGAUGCCAGAGUGAGGCAGAGCGCCAAUCAAGGCAGCAUGGACAUCAACUGUGCCGCCAGGGGACCAGCACCACUGCCCAGACAGAGGGAGAGACAUCCUGCUGUGACUGACUCCAGUUCACAGCAGAGUCUGGCCCGGGAUGAGGACUUCUUCCCCAGACGCCCUCUGACCCGGUCGUGCACCCGUAUGUCCUCCGUGCCUUUGGUACCUGAGACAGAUCUUUCGAGAGCCAGGCCUCGUGUAGGAAUAAAGAGAAAACGAAUGGCUGACAAAUCCACGAGCACUUCAGACCCUGUCACUGAGGAUGACCAUGUCCAGAUUUUGUCUUUGAAGAGUAAGAAUCUGGUUGGCAUCACUCUGACCAACUGCGGAAUUACUGACCUGGUUCUGAAAGAAUGCCCCAAGAUGAUGUUCAUUCAUGCAACCAGAUGUCGAGUGUUGAAGCAGCUGAAAGUAGAAAGCACCCCCAUACUGAACCGGUUUGAUUAUGCUCAGUGUAAGAAGCUGGACAUGGAGCAGGUCCUAGAUCAGAUCCUGAGGAUGCCUCCUGAGAGGAACCGCAUCAUCUACAUGCGUCCUAUGCACCAGAUUGAUUCUGUAGCACUGGAGCGGCAGCUCUUCCAGGGGCCAUAUCCCUACCACAUCGCUAUAGUGCACGAAUUUAGCAACCCCCCAAAUAUACGCAACAAAGUUCGCAUUCGCAGUUGGAUGGACACCAUAGCCAACAUCAGCCAGGAGUUAAUAAAGUACGAGUUCUUCCCAGAAGCCACCAGAACCGAAGAGGAUGUGAAAAAGUAUCCCAGAUACCCCUGGGGCAGAGACAUCUACACCCUGGAGGGAGUGGUGGAUGGAGCUCCUUACAGCAUGGUGACAGAUUUCCCCUGGCUACGGACUCUGAGAGCAGCUAAUCCCAACAGCUACGCCCGCUAUGACUUUGAGGAUGAUGAAAGCACCACUAUCUAUGCCCCGCGGCGUAAAGGCCAGUUGUCUGCUGACAUCUGCAUGGAGACCAUUGGAGAGGAGAUCUCAGAACGGCGACAGAGCAAAAGAGGAGUCUUUCAGAGAGUGGUGGUGCUGUUCCUUCAUCACUGUGACACACGAGGAGAACCUGUAGAUGACGACUACAUCUAGACGCCACAUAACGGACACCAGUUCAUGGAGCACUGACUGAUUUGUCCCCUGUGAAUCUGCAGAGUCUUACCCACAUUGUCUCUGGGACUAGCUUCAUGGGGGUGACUUGUGAAGAUGAGUUGGACAGCAGGAAGUUUGUUCAAAGAAUGUACAUGUGAAAAUAAUCUGCUUCCUUGUUUGAUAGAGUUCUGUUCCACAUGUCUUACUUUAUUAUGAAAGUGUGAGGCUAGAAAUGAGAAGCCCAAGUUCAGUAUUAAGUUACGUUUUGAUUUAAUGAACUGACUUGAUUGAAAGCAUCUGAUAAGUUGUGUUUAAUUUGGUUUCACUUAAGACCUGGAGCUUUCUGUUUCAGGCCUCUAUUGACAGGACUGACCCCAACUGUCAUGUUGAACACACACUGAGCACAGAGAGGGAGGUGUAUGCGUGUGUGUCCGUGUGUGUGUCCGUGUGUGUACUGCCACAGUUUGCCUACCUCUGUCCACACCAGUCACCAACAUCAAUGGCCUUAAACCACUUGUGGUGAAGAUGUCCAGUGUCCUCAGUUUAGCUCCUUGUUUUUGUUUCAGCAUGCAGGCAUGUUGGCCAAUCUACAUGGUUUACCUCAGUGCGGAUGGCUUGACAGGACUAAGCGAGAAGACUCAUUAAAGUACCACUUAUCUUUGCAUAUAGAGUGUCUUAAACAGGAAGACAGGCUCCUUUUCCUGUCUGAACAGAGAUCAGGGUUUUCAGCAUAAAUGCGUCAUGCAUUCAGUGAUCAACUAACUUACUUGCUCUAAUGUUUGAUCAGGCCACAGCACUCAAAGCUGAUUUCACACAGACUCUGUGUGUUUGGUUAGGCUUUAGUGAGUAGUGGUGUGAUCGGCAGGUGUAGUGAAACUUCUAUUUUGUGCCGAAGCUGUGCUUGUGACUCAAAUAUAAAAUAUAAUUGUUUGAAUAAUACAGUAGGUGAGGUAGAACUACGGUCAGUUCAGGGUCCAGCCAUAGUUCAGCCACCAGCAGGAUCCUAAACAUGUACAGAGCCUGAAUGGAAAUGUGAAUCUUAAACUAUGAAUGCUCAACAACCAUUAUUCUACUUUACUGAACACGUCCAUUAAACGUUCAUGCUGCUGCUGG